UGGAAGGAGACGAAUGAGAAUAGGAAAGGAAAUAGGCGAAAAUGGAGGGCGAAGAUGAUGAAGGUAUAAAACGAUUUUGAUGUCCUCCAUUUUUGUUCCGGUGGAGGUCUCACGAGAUCCGGUGCUCUCGCGCUCACAUACCGGAACCCGAACCGGACGUCAAUUCUUCCUAACAUAUCUUUUUUCCAGUCGAUCGGGUCCUCCUCCCGAAGCAGCCAGCGAUUCCUCCAAAUCCCUCCAAGGAUUUGGGCUCCGUCCUCCCAGAAUCGGCCCCCCGAAUGCGUCUGGUUGUUUAAGGGCCUCUCCACUGGGAUCUACUUCUCCUGAGAAUGGGAAUGGUGUCGCGCCAAGUGCUGCCUGUUUGUGGAACUUUGUGUUUCUUUUGCCCUGCUUUGAGCACCAGGUCCAGGCAGCCCAUCAAGCGCUACAAGAAGCUCCUCGCUGAUAUCUUUCCUCGCUCUCAGGAAGAAGAACCUAAUGACAGGAAGAUUAGUAAAUUAUGUGAAUAUGCAUCAAAAAAUCCUUUUCGUGUUCCCAAGAUCACAACUUAUCUUGAGCAAAGAUUUUACAGGGAAUUGAGAAACGAGCAAUUUCACUCUGUUAAAGUCAUCAUAUGCAUCUAUAGAAAGCUGUUGUUUUCUUGUAAAGAGCAAAUGCCUCUAUUUGCAAGUAGUUUGCUUGGCAUCAUCCACAUUCUACUAGAUCAAGCACGUCACGAUGAAAUGCGAGUUUUAGGAUGCCAAGCUCUCUUUGAUUUUGUUAAUAACCAGAGGGAUAGUACCUAUAUGUUUAACUUAGAUGGAAUGAUCCCCAAACUUUGCCUUUUAGCUCAAGAAAUAGGGGAGGAAGGGAGAGAAAAACAGAUGCGUUCUGCUAGCCUUCAAGCCCUCUCAGCUAUGGUUUGGUUUAUGGGUGAAUUUUCCAAUAUAUCAACAGAAUUUGACAAUGUUAUUUCUGUUGUCUUGGAUAACUACGGGGACCUUAAAAGUACUUCCAGUUCUUCUGGCAAUGACGAGCAAGAUAAUCAAGAUGCAACUGGUGAAGUAGUUUCCCAAUCACGCGAACACAUAACAAGGAUGUGUUCGUGGAGGUCGAUAGUGACGGAAAAGGGGGAAAUUAAUGUAUCUCCGGAAGACGCUAAGAAUCCAGAAUUUUGGGCAAGGGUUUGCCUACAUAACAUAGCCAAGUUGGCUAAGGAAGCUACAACUAUACGACGUGUCUUGGAAUCUUUCUUCCGUUACUUUGAUACUGGCAAUCUUUGGUCUCCAAAACUUGGCCUUGGUCUCUCUGUCUUGUUGGAUAUGCAAUUAAUAAUGGAGAAUUUGGGGCACAACUCACACUUUAUGCUAGCAAUUCUAAUCAAGCACCUCGAUCACAAGAACGUUCUGAAAAAUCCUACCAUGCAGAUUGACAUUGUUAAUGUUGCCACCUCCCUUCUUCAGCAAACAAAUGCCCAACCAUCAGUGGCCAUAAUUGGUGCACUAAGUGAUAUGAUGAGACAUCUUCGAAAAAGUAUACAUUGCUCCCUUGAUGAUGCUAACUUGGGAGCAGAAGUUGUUCAGUGGAACCAAAAACACCAAGCAUCAGUUGAUGCUUGCCUUGUGGAGUUGUCACGAAAGGUUGGAGAUGCAGGUCUUAUUCUAGACAUGAUGGCUGCAAUGCUAGAAAACUUGUCAAAUAUUCCCGUAAUGUCCAGAACAUUGAUUUCCACUGUCUACCGUACAGCUCAAAUCGUGGCAUCAAUACCAAAUCUUGUGUAUCAAGAUAAGGCCUUUCCAGAGGCAUUAUUUCAUCAAUUACUGCUGGCAAUGGUCUGCUCAGACCAUGAAACUAGAGUUGGUGCUCACCGCAUAUUUUCUGUUGUUCUUGUUCCAUCAUCUGUCUGUCCACGUCCUAAUGCUUCUGUUCCCCAGUCUGCAAAGCCCACUUAUAUUCAAAGGACGCUCUCAAGAACAGUGUCUGUGUUCUCCUCUUCAGCGGCACUUUUUCAGAAGGUGAAAGUUGAGAAUCAUUCUGCACCAGAGAACAUCUUCAAAAAGUUGGACGAAAAACCUAUGGUUCAGCCGGUUACAAAAGUUGAAGGUGACUCUAUUUUUAACAGACUGAAGUCAAGUUACAGUCGGGUUCACACUGUGAAGAAGGAACCAUCAGUUUUAGCUGUAAAUUCAAUUAUAGAAGAAGAAGAAGAAGAAGAAGAAGAACCAAAGACAAACAAUAAUGCUAUGAUGAACAGACUGAAGUCUAGUUAUAGCCGAGCUUAUAGUGUGAAAAAGCCUACUACACCUGGAACAGUUGCUGAGGAGAAACCUUUAAGUUCAGAAAAGGAACCAACGACGUCCCUUAGGCUUAGCAGCCGCCAGAUUACCAAUCUUCUCUCAUCAAUAUGGGCACAAUCUAUCUCUCCUCUUAAUAAACCUGAAAACUAUGAAGCAAUUGCUCAUACUUACUGCCUUGUGUUGCUAUUUGGCCGGACUAAGAACUCCAGUCAUGAGACGCUCAUUCGAAGUUUCCAGCUAGCAUUUUCCUUGCGGAGCAUUGCCCUGGCUGGAGGGCAAUUGCAACCAUCACACCGUAGGUCCCUUUUUACUUUGGCAACGUCGAUGAUCAUCUUCACAGCAAAAGCCUACAGCAUUGUGCCUCUUGUCCCUCGUGCUAAAGUUGCCCUUACUAGUGAAGUAGUUGAUCCAUUUCUGAAGUUGGUUGAAGAUUGCAAGUUACAAGUUUCUAGUUUACCCAAUCAACUCUAUGGAUCAAAGGAAGACAACGAAGAUGCUGUGAAGUCACUUUCAGCCGUGGAUACAAAUGAAAGCCAAUCUAAAGAAUCAUUUGCUAGGCUAAUUUUGCAGACAUUGCACAAUAUGUCAGAACAGAAUGAGCUAUCUUCUAUUAGAGAACAGCUGCUUCAAGAUUUUUUGCCAGACGAUGCUUGCCCAUUAGGAACUCAGUUUUUUGUCACACCAGGAGAAAUUUAUCAGUGUGGACCUAAGAACGAAGAAACUCCCAACACGGUUGAUCCAUUUCUUUCAGUUGAUAAUGACAAUUUAUGCGAUGAACCUCAGGUUCAAAAUGAACUUGAGACAGACAAGACCGUGGAGGGGCCAACUCUCAUGAGUGCUGAUGAACUUUUGCAUUUGAUUUCCGAUAUAACAAAUCAAGUAGGGAGGUUAUCAGGCUCCUUCCCAGCAAAUAUGCCUUACAAGGAAAUGGCCGGCAACUGCGAGGCUCUUUCAGAAGAAAAGCAGCAAAAGAUAUCCAAUUUCAUGACCCCUAAAGAAGCUUCAGUUGGAACUUUCACUCAUGAUGACGACAAUCAGGAAAAAGAAGAGCCUCCGCAACGCCACGUUCACUUUGGUGUAAAUAAGGGCGGAAACCCAUUUAUCGACUCAGAUUUUCCCAUGUACCGGAAUUCGUCCUUUAACACCAUUCCAGCACUUUGUGCAACUGAGUACCAAUAUCAUCCCAACCUCUUUCAACUACCAUCCUCGAACCCAUACGAUAACUUUCUAAAGGCAGCUGGUUGUUAAGCCAUGGAAAUGGACACGAAAAUACUUUGAAGCUUCUUGGGGACACUGAUGAUUGGCCACAGAUUUCAAGGUGAGCAAGCAAAACUCCCAAGGCCUGCCUUCUGCGUCAGGUAUCAGCUGCUGCUCCAACCAUCUUCUCAUUGAACCAAGUUCUUGCCUUCAUUUUUGUACAUGUCGAUUCGAUUCAUUCGUGCCAUGGCAGGUAUUUUUUUGCUUCCUCCAGCUACAUGGUUUAGAUUGUUGAAAACACUCCUUGGUGGUGCCCUUGGAUAUGUAUGAUAGAUAGGUUUUUAGAUGAGUUUGGGCGUCGUCUCUGCGUAGACUUUGGAUUCCAUUGUCAUCUCUGUCAAGAAGGUGCAUUCAUAGGUGCUAUACCCAUUGGAACUGGAUAUAGGCCUUUAAGUGAAAUCAAGAGUGAUAAUCGGAGAUUUUUCUAGCUGUAAAUUUUUCACAAUUCUUUUGUAUUUUACGGCUGUAAUUAUUUCCUUUUGCAACAGUUGACAGCUUAUUCAUUUUAGUCUAUAUUAGUGGGUGGUCUACCUACUGCAUGUGUUCUGUAACAGAGUACUGAUUCAAUGCACAAAAAUUCAUUUAUUUC